AUGGGCUGGCUCUGGGGAAGCGGCGAUAGCUCCAGCGGGCAAGACCAACUCGAUCCCUCCCUCCGCGACUUCCUCAAAAAAGAAGCGCCCACUGGCCCCAAACCCUCACUGCCGCCCGCUCCCAAAGGAAAGCCCACCGAAUCGCCAACUCAGACACAAUCUCAAUCGCAGCCGCAAACACAAACAGACGCCCAAAAACCCGUCGUACCCCCGCAAUCGCAGUUCCAGGAUGGCCGCUAUGCCGACUUAUGGAAGAAUUAUACCCCUCAAAAUAUCAUCGAUGAUCGUGGAAAGUCGGAGCAAGACCGGUUACGAGACCUCGUAGACGCCUACAACGACCGCAAAGCCUCAAUUGGACGAGUAGCCAUGGAAAACUGCGCACUCGAGUACAUGGAACAAUUUGAGUGCUUCCGGAAUCCAAAGUCAUGGUGGUCAGCAGGAACCAUGUGCAUCGCCGAGUCGCGCAAGUUCAACCGCUGCUACGAUAUACAAUCCAAGUUUCUGAAAGCGCUGGGAUACAUGACCAUGGACGAGCGAUCACCAGAGGAGGACGAGCGGAUACAAAUGCACGCAGAUAAACUCUACCAGCGCAUGAUACAGCAAGAAGAGGAGAUGGAGAAGGCGAAAGCAGAGGGGCGACCAGUACCGAAAUUCGAAAGCAUCUUGUCGAAACGAAAUGUCGUCGAGGCGGUGGGUGGCGUAUCGUCAACACCACGGAAAGCUGUACCUGUAGCUGAGAUUGGCAAGUCAAGUACCACUUUGGAUGACACCGAGGUCUGGAGCCAGAUCAAGCCCGAUGUACGAAAGGAGUACGAAAAGAAGCUUCAGAGUUUGACACCAGAAGAGCGAGAGAUUGAGAGAAUGGCCAUAGUAGGUGAAAUCCGCGCGCAGACUGGUGUCUCAAAACAAUUGGAGCAGACAUUCAUCGAAGAACGGGUAGCUCGUAUGAAGAGAAAAGAGGCUGGUCAAGCGACGUUCGGUGAUACGAUAAAGACGCUGUGGGGAUGGUAA